AAGAAAAUGGACAUACAAGAUGCUGCCAGGGUUGGUGAUUUGAGUGCUUUAAAAGAUGCCAUCAAGAGGGGAGAGGAUGUCAACAGUGUGAAACAUCAGAAUGACUGGACUCCACUCAUGAGGGCAGCCUGGGGAGGUCACACUGACUGUAUUAGAGAGCUGUUCUCCUCAGGAGCCGUGGUGGACCUGGCUAACAAGGAUGGGGACACUUCACUCAUAAGGGCAGCCAGUGGAGGUCACACUGACUGUGCUAGAGAGCUGCUCUCCUCAGGAGCCGUGGUGGACCUGGCCGACAAGGAUGGGCGUACUCCACUCUAUUGGGCAGCCCGUAGAGGUCACACUGACUGUGUAAGAGAGCUGCUCUCCUCAGGAGCCGUGGUGGACCUGGCUGACAAUGAUGGGUAUACUCCACUCUAUUGGGCAGCCAUUGGAGGUUACACCGACUGUGUAAGAGAGCUGCUCUCCUUGGGAGCCAUGGUGGACCUUGCUAACAAGGAUGGGAACACUCCACUCAUGAAGGCAGCCAUUGGAGGUAACACUGACUGUGUAAGAGAGCUGCUCUCCUCAGGAGCCGUGGUGGACCUUGCUAACAAGGUGAGUAUCUGA